GCGGGCGAGUGGCGGAGCUUGAACCGGAAGAUCGCUUCUGGGUUUGAGGUGUCGAGUAACUGGUGUUGAACAAUCAAAAGUCCAAUAUGAAACUGUAUUGCCUGUCGGGGCACCCAACCUUACCAUGCAAUGUGCUCAAAUUCAAAUCAACCACCAUUAUGUUGGACUGUGGACUGGACAUGACUUCCACCCUCAAUUUCCUUCCUUUGCCACUUGUUCAAAGUCCCAGGCUGUCUAAUCUUCCUGGCUGGUCCCUAAAGGAUGGAAAUGUUUUCCUGGACAAGGAGCUAAAGGAGUGCUCGGGUCACGUAUUUGUGGAUUCUGUGCCUGAAUUCUGCUUACCAGAGACGGAGCUAAUAGAUCUGUCUACGGUAGAUGUGAUCCUCAUCUCUAACUACCACUGCAUGAUGGCACUGCCCUACGUCACCGAGCACACCGGCUUCACCGGCACGGUGUAUGCCACAGAGCCCACCGUUCAGAUUGGCAGGCUUCUCAUGGAAGAGCUGGUGAAUUUCAUUGAGCGAGUGCCCAAGGCUCAGUCUGCCUCCUUGUGGAAGAACAAGGAUAUUCAGCGGCUGCUGCCUUCUCCCCUCAAGGAUGCAGUGGACGUAUCCACCUGGAGAAGAUGCUAUACAAUGCAAGAGGUGAACUCCGCCCUUAGUAAAAUCCAGCUGGUGGGAUAUUCUCAGAAAAUUGAGCUUUUUGGUGCCGUGCAGGUGACUCCUCUAAGCUCUGGCUACGCCCUUGGAAGCUCCAACUGGAUCAUCCAGUCCCAUUAUGAGAAAGUGUCUUACGUCUCUGGGUCCUCUUUGCUUACCACACACCCCCAGCCCAUGGACCAAGCUUCCCUCAAAAACAGCGACGUCCUGGUUCUGACAGGCCUCACGCAGAUUCCUACCGCGAACCCGGAUGGCAUGGUGGGCGAGUUCUGCAGCAACCUGGCGCUGACAGUCCGGAAUGGAGGAAACGUGUUGGUUCCCUGCUACCCUUCUGGGGUGAUCUAUGACCUCCUGGAAUGCCUGUACCAAUACAUUGACUCAGCCGGCCUCUCCAGCAUCCCUUUCUACUUCAUCUCUCCUGUGGCUAACAGUUCACUUGAGUUUUCCCAGAUUUUUGCCGAGUGGCUUUGUCAUAACAAACAGACGAAGGUGUAUCUCCCAGAACCGCCUUUCCCUCAUGCAGAGCUCAUUCAGACCAACAAGCUGAAGCACUACCCCAGCAUCCACGGCGACUUCAGCAACGAUUUCAGGCAGCCGUGCGUGGUGUUCACCGGGCACCCUUCCCUCCGCUUUGGGGACGUGGUCCAUUUCAUGGAGCUCUGGGGAAAGUCUAGUCUCAACACUGUCAUCUUCACAGAACCUGACUUCUCCUACCUGGAAGCACUGGCUCCCUACCAGCCCUUGGCCAUGAAAUGCAUUUACUGCCCCAUUGAUACACGAUUGAAUUUCAUCCAAGUGUCAAAGCUGCUUAAAGAAGUGCAGCCCCUGCACGUGGUCUGUCCUGAGCAGUACACACAGCCGCCCCCCGCGCAGUCCCACAGGACGGACCUGAUGAUCGACUGCCAGCCGCCGCCCGUAUCCUACCGGCGGGCUGAGGUGCUCACCCUGCCCUUCAAGCGGCGGUAUGAGAAGAUCGAAAUCAUGCCCGAGCUCGCAGAUUCACUUGUGCCCAUGGAGAUUAAGCCUGGCAUUUCCUUGGCAACUGUUUCGGCCGUGCUGCACACGAAAGAUAACAAGCACGUCCUCCAGCCCCCGCCCAGGCCUGCCCAGCCCACAGGUGGUAAGAAGAGAAAGCGGGCGAGUGAUGACAUCCCAGACUGCAAGGUUUUGAAGCCUCUGCUGAGCGGCUCCAUCCCAGUCGAGCAGUUUGUGCAGACCCUGGAGAAGCACGGCUUCAGUGAUAUCAAAGUGGAAGACACCACCAAGGGCCAUAUCGUCCUGCUCCAGGAAGCCGAGACGCUCAUCCAGAUCGAGGAAGAUUCAACCCAUAUCAUCUGUGACAACGACGAGGUGCUGAGGGUGCGCCUGCGGGAUCUCGUCCUCAGAUUCCUGCAGAAGUUCUGAAGGGGACGUCUGCACCAUUCCUGCCUCUCUGAAAUCCUCCAGUCGCCAGCUGGGCUGCCAGCACAGCCAGCUGAGGAGGGCACGUGAGGUUAGCCACGUCUCGGGGGUCUUCUGGCUGAAGGAAAAGAGACUCUGAGGGACAUGAGCAGGAGUUACAGCCAGAAUCUCCUGGGCUGGGUUUCUAGCACUGUUUCAGGAAAGACUUCUGCUUGAAGCUUUAGAUUCAUUUUCUCCCCGAGGCUGGCUCUCUUGAGUAGUCAGGAUGGUAAGACAGCUGAGAAGUAGCAUAAAAGUGACAGAAGCCGUUUUCCAAGAGGUUGAUGGUGGGAGGGGAGGUUAAAAAAAAAAGACUAACUUGUCUUAAGUGGCUGGUGUUUUCUUCAUAGUUUCACAGGCCUCGGGCAGGGGAGCUAAUCUUUGAUUUUGUUUUACUUGUUUGUCUACAGUGCUGCACCUAAUAAGACAAGACAUCCCCCCAAAUUAGUAAAAACUCAAUUAUCUGUAUUUUAUAUUGUGAGCCCAUUUUGUUAAUAAAACUUAUUUUUUAGAGAA